AUAUAAGCUCGGACAAGUGAGGCUCUCGUAUAGUUUUGGUACAGAAUCGUGAAAGAAUACAACAGAGUAUAAGGUGAUCAAUAUAUUUCCGAUCAUCAUGGCUCGUCUGCCGAUCGUGACCUUAGCGAUAUUCGUUGCAGUUUUUGCUGUAUCCAGCUUUGCUCAGCGUCAAUUCCAGCAGCAAUACUUCGCUCAACGUCCCCAGGAUCAAAGCUCUUCCCAAGUACCGCAACAGUACCAACCGACUCCUUCGACCGCACCCCGAGCGUAUUCGGGCAGUUGCCCGGAGAAGAACGGAAGAUUCCCCGUCCCAACGCAAUGCGACGCUUACAUCGAGUGCAUCGAUGGCGUUCCCGAGGAGAAGCUUUGCCCCGAAGGAUUAUUAUUCAAUCCUGACGCUCGAUUCAACUAUCCUUGCGGCUACCCCAUCGACGUGAACUGUGAUGGUCGACGAAGCCUCCAGCCCCCUCAGCCAACCGAAGACUGCCCUCAUCAGUUCGGAUACUUCAAGGUCGGCGACAGUGCGAACUGUGGAAAAUUCAUGAAUUGCGCCGAUGGCAAAGGAUACAUAUUCGACUGCCCAGAGGGACUUGCCUUCAAUGCCGAAAGCUACCGUUGCGAUUGGCCGGAUCAAGUGCCUGAUUGCGACGUCGAAGCGUACUUGGGUUUCCGUUGCCCUCCACCCGGCGAAGGAAUUUUCGCACAAGGCGAGAUUCGCUACUUCAGAAGCCCGCAAGAUUGCCAGCGUUACUUCAUCUGCGUCGAUAACAGCCCCCGCCUUCAAAACUGCGGCGAAGGAAAUGCGUUCAGCGAAGAUAUCAACGCCUGCGAUGCAGCUGAAAAUGUUACCGGAUGCGAGCCGGCGGGCUCUAUUUUGGACAGAGGUGUCGGUCAAGUGAAGUUGUUUUAGUCAUCGAGGCGGAAGAGAAGAUGCGGUUGACACUGGACUCGAAGAACAUUCUACUACGUGCCGAAGAAAGCCAUGAGUUUGACACAGUCGUUACAUGACAUGCACAUUAUCGAAACAAAUACUUGACACUAAAACUGUCUGAUACCAUACAAUAAUUGGGAUUAUUUUAAGUCGUUUAUUUCACACCUCCAUAUAUGUUAUCUUGAUUGAGGACUACCACAGAUUACUAAAUCCCAUCAAGUUAUCAAAGUGACUCGACACUUAUUACUGACCCAUUUCUGAGCCAUUGAAAAGCAUAAGACAUUUCCUCAAGACACGCUCUGCUUUGGCGAGAUCAGAAACGUAAGCGCUAGAUGUUUCGCACUAUAUUAUACAUUUGAUUCUUCGAAUUUCAAUAGCUAUUACUGUGGCCGCCAACUUGGACCAUGUAAAUCUGAUCAAAACCAAUACCUAUGAGAAAAAAAUCCUUCAAACGAACGUACGUUCAAUGGUGUUAUUCUAGGAUGAACCUAUACCACAAAUUACUAUGAACUGAUUAAAUAAAGGAUUUGAGAUUUCCGAA